AGGCAAGCAGAGGGAGAGAGGGAGAGAGACUGGAGUUCCUGGCCUGUGCAUUCAGAAGCCCCAUGCUGCCCUCUCAGCAGGCAGGGCCUGGCACUGCCUGAAAGCUCCGCGUUUCCAGCAUGCAGCUGGAGGAAGAGAGGAAGCUGCGUAUCGAGCAGGCGCUGGCGUGGCUGAGGAGAGAACUGUUAGAAAUGCAACUCCAGGACCAAGAGCUGCUGGACAAGUUGUUGCAGCUCCACACCACCUUACGGGAGCUGAAAGCAGAGUGUGCAGACUGGGAGAGCUCCGAUCCAAACAGGGAUGUGUUUGGGGCCAGAGCCCGCUCGAGUUCGGAGGACAUGGGAGCCCCAGUCCUGUCAAGAAGGUCCCUCAAACUCGGAGCAAACAGGAGAAACUCCCUGCCAUAACAAAUCCAGGGUGGAUGCAAUGGCAGGGGUUCAUCGGUCAGUGCAAACAGCUUCUUUGUCAAAAGUUUCCGGACUGUGUUGGUGCAUUCAGAGGUGGAGAAUAUUGUGUUAGUUUUCCUGAUCAUAAUGGUAGAGCUUAUGUCCUGUUUUCUGAUGUUGCUGCAACACCUGGUGGCAUUGUGAAACGGUGGCUUCUUGACCGAUAUAGUACCAGCAUCUCGCGCUAAAUUUCAUUCACAUCAGUGGAAUAACAAGGAACUUUGCUACCCUCUCACUCUUUCUGCACUUGCAUUCUUCUGUUCCUCUAUGAAAACAGCAGGGGGAAACUAUGUGCUGGAAUACUGCCCUGAAUUUCAUCACUUUACUCCUGAAAUUUACUGGGCUAAGGAUGCUGCAAAUGGACUCCUUUUCUGGAAUGAAAUAACAUGGAAAUGAACACUAAACAUGCACACAACAUGCUGUUCGUUUUACCAGAUGUGGCUUCAGUGUUGUGUGAAAGCUCAAAUAUAAUGCAGAAAUUAACUGCAGUUAAGGAAACAUCGGGGAAACAGAAUAAACUGCAGCUUGUGUGUGUGUGCCAGCUCAACCCUCAAAUAUGAAAGAGGG